GAUUGCUAAUGCCGACGAUGAACAGUAGUACAAUCACUGUUGAGAAGGAUCGAUUGUGUGGUGACUCGUUCGAAUUUUAUAAAUUAAACUGGUGAUUCCAAAUGGAAGUAUUUCAUUUCCAUUUUGUGGAAAAAUCGCAAAAUCAAUAGCCUAACACAACGACUUUACAGGACCAAAAGGUCAUGUGCAACGAACCAGACAACGACAUUAAAGCGGCAUUCAUUUUUUUCACAUUUCCCGACACCAGACUUUUAAACAUAUUUUUUUCCUUUCGGCAGUGCGGUGUAACAAUUGAAUAAAUAUCAUAUUACAACGAACAAUAGACUUAAGUUUUAAGCAGAAAAUCGAUCAUAUUUUUAGAUAUACGCUUUUUCUAAUUCAAUAAUUCGUGUUCAACUUGAAAAACACAACAUUUAUAGCGCCUAUUAGCACAUACACCACCAUACGAUUCAUUAACUUUUCAAUGGUGAUUGUCAAUGAAAUAUUGUAGCUGUUAAAAAUUAAUUUAUGAAAUUGAUUGUGUGUUUUGAUUGACAUUGAUAGAGAGUGUGUUUGUGAGAGUUCAAAAGCAACUAAAUUAAUGAAAAUGCCAUCACAAAAUGCAGUUCGACAUCGCAGAUCCCAAGGUGGAGAUUCAUCGAAACCGAAACAAAAUGGUGCCGACAAAUAUCAUAAAUCAUCCAAAAAAAGUGGACUUCAAACAUCAUUUUUAUGUUUGAUCGUGUGUGUACUGCUAUUCACAUUCCUUCUCGGUUCCUAUACAGAUUCGUUUCAUCCGAUAGUUGAUAAGAUUGCUGUAUCGCUAGGCUAUAAACAAUUACAAUAUGCGGUCGUAAUAGAUGCUGGAUCAACGGGCAGCAGAGUUAUUGGCUAUGAGUUUCAUAUUGGAUAUUUGGACGGUCGGCUGGUGUUGGAUCGGGAACUUUUUGUUCAAGUGAAACCAGGACUUUCAUUCUAUCAUGACAAACCGGCUGAGGGAGCCGAAUCAAUUAAAGGAUUGUUAGCGAAGGCCAAAGAUUUUGUGCCAGAAGAAAUGUGGUCAAAAACACCGUUAGUUCUCAAAGCAACAGCUGGCCUUCGACUACUGCUACCUGUUGAAGCCGAAAAUUUAUUGAACGAAGUGCGUGACGUUUUUGUACGGUCUGGAUUCUUAGUCAAAGAUGAUUCGGUCGAAAUUCUAGAUGGCAUCGAUGAGGGAAUCUACUCAUGGUUUACUAUUAAUUUUUUGUUAGGUCGUUUAGGUAGUAGAAAUACAGUAGCUGCCUUGGAUUUGGGAGGUGGAAGCACCCAAGUGACAUUUGCGCUAAAAGAUAUGCACAAGACUCCUUUGCUCACCGAAUAUAUGCACACGGUGAAUGUACCAAAUGCCCAAACUGACGUCUUUACAACCAGCUAUUUAAAUUUGGGACUACAAGCAGUUCGGCACGCAGUCUAUACACACGAUAGCCCUGAUGGUAGCAAAGAUUUGGAAAGUAUUUGUGUGAAUCCAAUUGUCAAGUCAAAUCCAUUCAAAUACGGUACCAAAGCAUACCAGCUCAGUGGAAAAAAUAAUUCCAAGUCAACAAAAGAGGAUCCGGUCGUUGAUUUUGAGGCAUGUGUUGAAUUGGUAAAACAAAAAACCAUGCAUUUGGUUAAGCCAAAACCAAUAACACUCAACCAAAAUCAAAUCGCUGCAUUCAGUUACUUCUUCGAAAGAGCCAUCGAAACUGGAUUAGUUGAUCCUUUCGAAGGUGGUGAAAUCACUGUCGGUGACUUUGUUGCCAAAGCAAAAGAAGUGUGUGCAACCGCAAAUACCGACCAACCAUUUAUGUGUCUUGAUCUAACAUAUAUUUCAGUAUUAUUGAAAGAGGGCUAUGGUUUAAAUGCAAAAACUAAAGUCAAACUAUACAAGCAAAUAAAUAACCAUGAAAUUUCGUGGGCUUUGGGAUGCGCUUAUAAUUUAUUGGCUGAUGUAUCACGGACGAAGAAAUAAGCACAAAGCUGAUAAAAACACCCCACACCUCAAAACACAUGUACAUUCGAAGGGAAAAACAACCUACAAAUCACUCAACCAAACAUUCGAAACAAUCAAAAUGAAUUUAAGAACACUCUCGAGAAUAUUUCAAAUUUGUUCAUCGCAACAAAUCGAUUGAAUGCAUUCGAAUUUGAAUAUCAACUGGAAAAUAAUCUGUAUUUUAUUAUUUACACUGAUGUUGAAAAGAAAUUGAUAAAUAUGUGUUGCACAAAAAAUAUCAGAGACGGGUAUAAUAUUACCUUUUCAAAGUUUUUUGGUGACCAUAACCUACACACUCCCGCCAACCUUUUCAAUUCCAUUCUUUAUGUUAACUUGUGAUGUGAAAUUGUGUAUAAAAAUUGUUGUAAAAAAUGGCCCUAGAGUAGAAUAUGAGAUUAAAUUUUUGGAUCAAAAAAGGAA